AUGAAUCCAUCAAAACUUUUUUCUUCUUUGUUGUUGUUCACACUUUCCCUAAUCUUCAUUUCCCAAGCAUCCGCUGCGUUAUAUGAAGACGUUUGCUUAGCCGCGGCCGAAGACAGCGCCCAAUGCCUCGAAGUUCUGAAAGCCGUGCCACAAAUCGCCUCGGCGAACACCGACAUGGAGCUAUGCAAACUCGUCCUCAAGUUCGCAAUCAAAGAGGGAACCGAAGCUCAGAAUUCCCUAAAGGAAAUGGUGAAAACAAACCCGACAGUCGCAGUUAAAAACUGCGCAACUAUACAUUAUGAUGAGAUUGUUGGAUCAUUCAAAAGUUCAACACGUGAAUUGUAUUCUGAUACACUAACAUCAAACUAUGAUGCUAAACUUGCUGCUGAUGGUGCUGUAGCUUGUGACGCUGAAUUGGAUAGGGAAAAAAUUAGCAUUCCUGCCAUUUCUGAUCUAAAUAGAAAGAUGAAGUUGAUUAGUAAAAUUGCAUUUUUAGCAACGGAUAGGCUUCCAGAGGAGGAAGAUUAA